UGCAAAUACUUGAGAUGUAUUUAUUUCUGUUUAAUACAGUGCAGAUAUCAAGAAGUCUUCAGGGCAGAAAUUAAUUAAAUCUAUGAAGUUGAAUAUCUGAUGUAAUUGUUUUUCAUCAAUAUUGUAUAUCUCCACAGUACUGUUUAGCUCUAAAUAAUUUUUUCAUCCGGAGGAGAAAACUUCAGUCAUGCCAACUGUCAUAUUGCUAGACGUGUCAUUUUCAAUGUGCCGACCAGUGCCUAAUAUUGGAGGGCAAGACGAGGCUGAGAACAGCUCUCCUCUUUUGAGGAAAGACUUGGCUGCACUUGCAUGUUGUCAACUGCUUGAUCACCUCACACUAACCAACAAACUGGAAUUUGUGUCUCUGGUUAUAUAUUCAUCUCUAUAUGAGGUAGUUGUGGGCUUCACACGAGACUACAACAGCAUCAGAAAAGCAGUGAUGCAAGUGGGUGACUAUGACAAGACCUGUCUCCAUGGUGCUCUACAGGGCACUGUUCUCUAUUGUAAGGAGGAAUGGGGCAAUAACAUGCCAUGCCAAAUACUGGUAAUUACUGAUGGUGCUGCUGGAGUGGGGCAAAGUGGCUACCUGAGAUCCCUUACAGGACCCCGAGCUGCUCAAAACUUUCCUUUACCUCUCACUGUGCCAGCUACUCUUGACAUUGUGUGUCUUGCCUCCCCUGACGACCCCGCUCUUCUGGCAUCAUUGCCGCUUUACCAGCGCUAUGUGGAACUUAACGGUGACGGCAGCGUCCACGUCCCUCAAGGCAAACUGUCAAAGAAGAGCACCAGGGAUUUAAUGUCAGAAGUAUUGUCCUCACAAUUCAGUCCAUACCACGGAGUGCUGCGCUGCGGCAACCUGUCAACCAACAUCACACUGGCUCCUCCUCCACAGCCGUACCAGCCAUACCGCGAAGUCGGCGUGACCAACGUGCGAGAGACGAUGUCUAAGGAGUUGCUGGUGCUGGGUUUCCUAUCUAUUGUGGACGUGUCGUCUCCCCCAGCGUCGUCCCGACACCUUCUCCUGCCUUUACAACACAAAGGUGAAGGUAAUUCCACGUCAUCACCUGACGGCGCAGGCUCUGGCGACGAGGAGGUCUCCGCCGACGAGGGCAAAAUUCCCUCGCUCUGUGUCGUCCUGCACGGCGGACUCAAGAAAGAAGGCAAGGUCGCGCUGUGCCAAGUAGCGCCCAACUGGUACGGCAUCCUCUACUCGUGGUCCGACAAUAAGAAGAAGUCAAAUCUUUUACUUUCUAUUUUCCACCCGGGAACGGACGUUAUUCCUUGGCUGGGCAAGCUUGAUGAACUUGGCCCCGCUUCGUGCCUCCCCGAGAACCCCUACACUGACCCCGAUGCUCUGCCGCCCUUCCCUGUCAAGAGUGGCGAGAAGCGCAGCUACAACCAGGCCUGCGUUGUGUGGGUCAGAGCGGGAGGGCUUCAGUCUGACGUCCAGAAAAUACUACGACACGCGCGUAAACUCCCUGACAAAACUAACAGCUUCUACAAGGAGCUGAACCGCGUACGGCGAGCUGCUCUUCAGUACGGCUUCCCCUCACUCCUGCAUGGCCUGAGCGCCAUCCUGGAGCGCGAGGUGUUAUCGGUGCCGGCGCAGGCUGAGGCGGCCAUACAGCUGCAGCACGCCUGUGCUGCUCUCAUGGCUUGCGCUCAUAGUGCCAUGGAUCCUAAUGUUACCGAUAAUAAACAUCAUUCCAACAUAGUGCCGCUCAAAACUAAUUAUGCUUCGCAUGACUAAGAGUAUUUCGGUAAAUUUUUUUUUAUAGUUCUGACAUAUGUGAUAAAGAUUUUUCAUCGUAUCAUUCGCAUACAUUCAUGCUAUAGCUGAACAUCAUUUCACUUGUAAUUUUUACACUGGAAGAUUAAGUAAAUAUAUUUUUUCGUA